UCUACGGCCCUUCUGCCUGUCCUGGAGGGAGGUCUGUCUCUCUUUCUUUCUCUCUUUUCCCUCUUUCCCCCUCCUCUCUCUCUCUCUCCUUCUCUUUGUUUGCCGAGAUGUUCCUCACGCAGCUCACCUGGGAGUGCCUGCUGCACCUCUUCUCCUUCCUGGAUAAAGACAGCCGCCAGAGCCUGUCCCUCACCUGUCGCCGCCUGCGAGAGGUGUACCUGGACCCUGCCCUGUGGCCGCUUCUGAACUUCCACUCCCCCAGCGAGCUGAAGAGGGACAACUACGUCCUGGGCCCCGCCCUGCGUCACCUGUCCGUGUGCUGGCACUCCAGCAGGGUGAAGGUGUGCAACAUCGAGGACUGGAUGAAGACCAGCUUCCAGAGGGACCUCUGCAGCAAGCACCAGGGUGUGGUUAGCUCCUUCCUGGCUCGCGUGUGUCAAAGCUGCCCCAACCUGUUGUCCCUGACUCUGUCAGGCUGCGGGCACAUCGAGGACCACGACGUGGUGCAGGUGCUACAGAGCUGCACACGACUGCGCAGUCUGCAGCUGGAGAACUGUGUGCACAUCACGGACUCCACCCUGCACGCCGUGGUCACCCACGGGCGGAGCCUCAGGAAGGUGUGCGUGGAUUUCUGCCGGAAUGUGACAGAGGCGGGGCUGCGGGUGGUGAGGGAACAACGCCCCUCGGUGCAGCUGAGCGCGGAGCGAAGCGCCGGCAUGAUCCCCGACAGCCAGCCACAGGAAAAGCAGCCAAUCCGCCGAGCCCUGCAGAAGGUCCUGCUCUUCUUCUGACACCGCCGUAGCCAAUAGGAAGCCAAUGCAGCUGCCUACACAGACAGGAAACUACAGGCUCCUGGUAUAGUAUUAUGACAGAAUAAACCCCAGGGAAAGCAUUUGGUUGGAUGCAUCAAGCAGUGAUAGAUAAGCCUUGCAAAGACCACUGCCUCACUUUUUGACUUAGUUCAAAGGCCUGAUAAAAUAUGCGUGGUAUUAGUUUAUUACUGUUUUCAAAGAAAAGCCUUUGCAGGUCUUUGGAAUGCAGAGGGUUACCCCGAGAAUGAAGUCCUUGUUGUCAUGUGUUGUGACAGGAGAGAAUUUCUGUGAAAAUUCUA